UUUGACAGAGCACUCAACUAGUGAUUCUUCAAUUCUUCACCAUAAAAAAUAAUAGAUUAAAAAUUUUGGUCGAGAAGAUCAUCAGCUAAGAUAUAUUAUACUAUAUAUUGAAAGCUAAGUCCGCAACAAAGAAAAGAAUACCUAUCUUUCUCCAAAAGGCACUUGAGUUCCAAACCAGUUACCAUAUGCAAAGUAUAUUUAACCUUGCUUGUUCUCCUCCAAAUGAUGGCCCCAUAAAUAUUCAACCCAGAGAAAGUUUCCUUUCCAAGGUUUCUUCUAUUUCAAAUAAGCACGUGAAAGAAGAUAAUUGAUGAUGAUAAAACAUAAUAGUGAUAUAAGGGAAACCCGAGGAUAAAAUUCGUGCAGAAGAAUGGAGAAUUUAUGGAAUCAAAUGAGGGGGGAAUCUACUGGUACGAAUGAGAAGAAAGGUGAUCUUGGUGCCACAAGGGAUCAGAAAAUACCUAUACAGAAAACACAAUCUUUCAAAGCAGAGAAGAAAAGGGGUCAGAAUUGGUUUCUGAAACAGCUUCCAAUGAAAAGAAGUCAUGAUUUUGACUCUUUCGAAAUAGAGCAUGCUGCAGCAGUAGCUGCUGCUGCAUUCUCGAUUAAUUUGCAAGAGGCCUCUGAGAAGACGAGUGAGACGCCCGAGACCUCGUUGGCCAAGACAAAAAGUAAGCUGGGCAGCUCAAAAUCUUCAAAGUCCUUACUUGCUAGUGCUUCCAAGAGAUUAUCAGGUUCAUUUAGAUAUAAAGAUGAUCAGGGUGACAAGGUGUCGACAUCCUCGGUUUCAGAAGAAAAGAAGCCAGAAAAGGCCAAUGCGCCUGCACCAUCAAUGAAAAAGGCUUCAACUUUAACUGAUAAAAAACCUGAUAUCCCAACACCAAAAGCUCCUACUCCUACUCCUACUCCUCCUCCUCCUCCUCCUCCUCCUCCUCCUCCUCCUCCACCUCCACCUCCACCUCCUCCUCCUCCACCACCACCACCACCACCACCACCACCACCACCAAUUCAGAAGACUUCAAGGGAACCUAGCCCUCUAAGACAGACUACAACAGGCGCAAACUUUCAGGAGACAAAUGCAGAUAAAUGGGAGAGAACCGAGCUGAACAAGAUCAGACAAAGGUAUGAGAAGCAGAAAGAGAUGAUAGAUUCAUGGCAAGACAGGAAGAGGAUGAAAGCCAAACGAAAGCUAAUUAAACAUGAGAGUGAACUUGAGCGGAGAAGGUUUAAAGUUUUGGAGAAAUUUCAUAAUAAGAUGAAGUACGUAAAUCUAGUUGCAAACGGAGCGAGAGCCAUGGCUGAUGAAAACCGAAAGAAUGAAGAGCAACAGGCAAAAGGGAAGGCAGGUGCUAUUCGAACAACAGGCAAACUGCCAAGGAGUUAUUUCUGCUUUUGAAAUUGUCAAUAACAUCAAAGUGAUCCAUAUCUUUUAGUCAUCAUCAUUUAGAGUAAAACUAUACAUGAUGUUAUAAAAUUUGAAAAACAAAACUGUAAGCUUCAACAAAUGCAUGAGCUGCUACUUGUGUAAAUCAGUUACAGUUUUCAUUCAACAAAUGCAUGAGCUGCUACUUGUGUAAAUCA